GUCUUCAUUGGAGUUACAAAGAAUUCACUUCUGUCUAUCUUCAGCUAAGCUACAGGCUGCAGUCCACCAGAGUCCCAGCCUGUUGGGCUGCCAUGACACAAACCUCCGCCUGAGCUUCUCAGUGACACCCUAUGACAGGGGAGGAUGGGUGAUGGGCCUGUGAACUUCAGCGGACUCUCUCCUCUUCAUCCCAUCCUCUCAUGGAGCAUCCUGUCACACCGAGCCCCUCCUGGAACAGUUCUCUCUCCGGCCCCCAAACAACACCCAAAUAUCUGCACCCGAAUAUCUCAAACAUCUCCGGGCCUGUUGCUGGCAUCGGAGGUGGGAUAGACGUGAACCAGUCGUUGGCAUUGUGUGCUAUGAUCCUCAUGGACGUGCUGGCUGUGGUUGGGAACUUGGCGGUGAUAAUCGUCAUCACCAAAACACCACAGCUGAGGAAGUUUGCCUUCGUGUUCCACUUGUGCCUGGUAGACCUGCUGGCUGCGCUGGUACUGAUGCCUCUGGGGAUGCUAUCAGACCGGGUACUGGUGGACGAGGCCCUAUGCCGGAGCUACCUCUGCCUGAGUGUGUGUCUCGUGAGUGCUGCCAUCCUCACCAUAUGUGCCAUCAAUGUGGAGCGCUACUACUACAUCAUCCACCCCAUGCGUCAUGAGGUGAAGAUGACAGUGGGGGUGGUUGUGAUGGUGCUGGUGGGAAUCUGGAUUAAAGCUGUUGUGAUGUCAGUUCUGCCUCUUUUAGGGUGGCUGCUGCAGGGUAGCCAGGGUCUGGGGACUCCUUCAGUCCUUGUUCAGGGUCAGAGACGCUGCUCCUUGCACUGGAUGGGAGGCAGGACCACCCGGCUUCUCUUCAUGGUCUUCUUUACAUUCAUCUACUUUCUGUGCCCCAUGCUGAUCAUCCUGGUGGUCUACUGCAACAUGUUCAAAGUAGCACGGGUGGCAGCCAUGCAGCAUGGUCCUCUUCCUACCUGGAUGGACACGCCAAGACAAAGGUCUGAGUCCAUCAGCAGCCACUCCACCAUGGCAGCCAGCCUUGGGGGGACUGGAGCACGAAGCACCCCUCAAAGGAGCUUCAGCGGUGGGAAGGCAGCUGUGGUCCUGGUGGCUGUUGGAGGCCAGUUCCUCUGCUGCUGGCUGCCAUAUUUCUCCUUCCAUCUCUACUCUGCAGCAUCGUCUACCUCUCCUGUCACGCUGGCCCAGCUGGAGGAUGUGGUCACAUGGAUUGGCUAUUUCUGCUUCACCUCCAACCCCUUCUUCUAUGGCUUUCUGAACCGGCAGAUUCGGGAGGAGCUGGGCCGCCACCUGGCCUGCUUCUUCAAGCGGGCUGGGCCCGGUGAGGGGGAGCAGCUGGCCAGCCGCGAGGCCUCCAUUGAAGAGAACUUUUUGCAGUUUCUUCAGGGCACUGGAUGCAAUCUGGAGCCCUGCAACUCUCACAGCAGAGGAAGCCUGCUGGAGCCAGAGACUGAGGGGCUUCAGGAAUCAGCUGUUCAGCAGAACACGCCAGCUGACUUUAACAUCCCAGGGCAGAUCCUGGAGGAAACCUCAGAGUUCAUACAGCGGCAACAGCUGAACAAUGAGCUGCAUGUCUCAGAGAACUGCUGCAAAACUGCACCCUAGCUGUAGCUGCCUCUCAUGUACUAUCCUAUUUUUUGCCAUUUUUAAUCUAAUAAAUACACCUAGUUUUAUUUGUAUUUUCUUAAAUUUGUUGUAUUGCUAAGUCUCUUGUCAUACUACAACACAAUUCAAAACAUGGAAACUUCUUGGAUUAAAAUCAUCAACUUUAUAUGUGCCUAAAUGGCCAUGAUGCUAUAGCAUUACAUGUGGGCAAGCCAUACAAGGUUUCUAAAAGAAGUGUACAGUGUUUUCACACACACUAAGAAGCAAUGAAGCUCAGAGGGAACAAAACUUCAAGGGGAACACAGUUUUCACAGUUUCAGGAUGACAAUAAGCGCCAUCAAAGGAUAGUUUGGAAUGAUUCAGAAAAGUGUAGGGGAAAAUAUUUGUGGAUAUUUUGUCUCAACAAGCAAUCUUUUCCAUAAAACUAGAA